CAGACCCCACCCCUGCCCCAGAGCUGGGGAGAGACCCCAGGGUAAGAGCCCUACCACUGCUGCAGUGCGAGUGGAUCCCCUUGGAUUGUGCAGGGGAUUUUCAUGGUGAACACAAAAGCUACUGAGGCUCCCCCUGGCCUGCUCCCCCGAGGCGCCGGCCGGGACUGGCAUGGCCGCAGUGUGGCAACAGGUGCUGGCUGUGGACGCGAGGUACAACGCCUACCGCACGCCCGGCUUCCCGCAGUUCCGCACCCAGUACAUCCGGCGGCGCAGCCAGCUGCUGCGGGAGAACGCCAAGGCUGGGCACGACCCCGGCGCCCGCAAGCUGUACGUGCGGCUGCGUGCACAGCUCCUGGCGCAGCGCUACGGGCCCCUCUCCGAGCAGAGCAGCUUCCGCGCCUACAGCAACAGCAUCGUCCGCAGCAGCCGCACCACGCUGGACCGCAUGGAGGACUUUGAGGAUGAUGCCCGGGCAUUGGGGGCCCGUGGCCAUCGCCGCUCCGUCAGCCGCGGCUCCUACCAGCUACAGGCGCAGAUGAACCGUGCGGCAUACGACGAGCGGCCCCCUGGCAGCGUGGUGCCCACGUCGGUGGCAGAGGCCAGCCGAGCCAUGGCCGGGGACACAACGCUGAGCGAGAACUAUGCCUUCGCCGGCAUGUACCACGUCUUUGACCAGCACGUCGACGAGGCCGUGCCCAAGGUGCAGUUUGCCAACGACGACAAGCACCUGCUGGCCUGCUGCUCGCUGGACGGCACCAUCUCAGUGUGCCAGCUGGCGCCCGCCCCGCCCGCCCGCGUGCUGCGGGUGCUGCGGGGCCACAGCCGCGGGCCGUCUACCGACUUCCGUACUGGUUCCUCAUCCAACGACGUGCUGGUUCCACCUCGCUGGACGGCACCUUGCGCAUUCUGGGCUGCGGCUGCGGUCCGUUAUGUGGCUGCUUCUCUCGAUGCCCCCGGCCGCUGCUCUGGCGGCGACGACCGCGGAACAGUGUGUCUUCUCCUUUCCUUCUUCGACAUGCACGGGAAGCUGACAGGCAAGCGAGUGGUGGUGCAGGAGGCAGCCCUCCAUCACAAGCAUUUCUGGCCCGCUCCUGGGGUCAGCCGGGAGGCCCGCGACCCCUCGCUGCUCUCUCAACGCUGCCUUCAACAGCUGCUGCCAUAUACUCGGGUGGUGGACACGAGGGGACCCUGCAAGCUGAAGAGGAGUUAUCAGAUCCAGCAGGGCUCCACCCUGGUGCGCAGCAUCUUCUGCCCCCUCUUGUCCUUCCGCCGGGGGGCCUCUGGCACGAGGAAUGUGCGUCUACUUUUCUUCGACGUGAUGAGCGCCCUCGGGGGGCUCAGCAGCCGGGGGCUCUGUGAACAAAUGCUGGAGGGCCCAGUGCCGCCUGAUGGGCGUCAGCUUUCAGCUGCGAUUGAGGCCUGCUGUGCCUCCCAGCGACGCCCAAGGGCAUGGUCAUGUCUGCGCCGCGAGCAGAAAUAG